AUGGGAAGCCUCAAGUUGUUAGGAGCUGUUUUCUUGGCUUUAGUAGUAUUUGACAUCUGUUUAGCAGCUAGAUCACCAAAAGCCCUUGGUAGAGGCUCCGGUUCAGGUUCCGGAUGGUUCAGGCUCAGGGGGAGGAACCGUGGCGGAGAAGGUGGUGGUGGCGGAGGAGAAGGAUUAGGUUCAGGGAGUGGCUACGGUGAAGGAUAUGGAAGCUGA